CUGCUACUUGUGUGCCGAUGCAGAGUGAAGGACGGAAGAUCAACCAAAGUAUGUUCUAACACUCCAGCUUGUACACAUCAACUCCAAUGCAACGUAACUUACAGAGGAAACAACCUGCACUCAACAACAUGCACUGAAACAAAGGAAACAGAAACAGCAGCGGCAGCAGCAGCACAGUGAAAUCUCUGAAAUGUGCAGCACCUCGUCAAAGUCAGUGUCACAUUAACCGAGUUGGUCAACACAUCCAGCAGCCAGAUAGACAGUCAGUUCUUCUGACGGUCAAAAACACAAGCAACUUGGGCCGGUCUGAAUGUAAGCUGAAAAAACAGCCAACAGGAAGAGAUGCGGAGACAUCGGAGAAAAGUAGGAAACAAAGAGAAGGUGUUUGGAUGUGAUCUGCUGGAGCAUCUGAACGCCUCCUCUCAAGAGAUUCCUCUGGUGCUGCGAUGCUGCAGCGAGUUUGUUGAGACUCAUGGAAUCGUGGAUGGAAUCUACAGGUUGUCCGGAGUGUCGUCCAACAUACAGAAACUACGGGGUGAGUUUGAGACCGACAACAGUCCAGACCUGAACAAAGAUCUGUACCUGCAGGACAUCCACUGUGUCAGCUCUUUGUGUAAAGCUUAUUUCAGAGAGCUGCCCAACCCUCUGCUCACGUACCAGCUGUAUGACAAGUUUGCCGAGGCUGUGGCCAUCCAGCUGGAGGAGGAUAGGCUGGUAAAGAUCAGAGAUGUGUUGAAAGAACUACCAAUACCACAUUACAGGACUCUGGAGUUUCUGAUGCGCCAUCUUGUCAGAAUGGCCUCAUAUUCCUCAGAGACCAACAUGCACGCCAGGAACUUGGCCAUUGUCUGGGCCCCCAACCUGCUCAGGUCGAAGGACAUUGAGGCGUCUGGGUUUAACGGCACAGCAGCCUUCAUGGAGGUCAGGGUUCAGUCCAUCGUGGUGGAGUUCAUCCUCACACACGUCCCUCAGCUGUUUCCUGAACAAGGUGUGUCUAAUGAGAGGAGGAAGUCCCUCCCCUCCCCGACAGCAGCGUCCAGUUCGGAAGAAGGGUUUUUCAAAACCUCUCCUCCACACCCCAACUUUGGUAACAUCAGUCCAGGAGACGGUCCUCUACCAAUAAGACCCUACCACUCCAUUAUUGAAGGCACAGACAAGAGGAAAGGAUCUCUUAAAGGCAGGAAGUGGAUGUCCAUCUUCAACAUCGGAGGACGAUUCCACGACCCACGACGGAGACACAAACAGUCAUCCAAAGAGAAAGAAAGGCCUGUUUUGAGACCAGCAAGAAGCAUGGACUCCCUCAGCAGCAAUCCCUAUCCAAAUGAUGGUUGCAGACGUUCUGCACAGCGCCCUCCUUCCACCCACAACUCCGUGUCUCCCCUCGUCACCGCCUCCCCACAGUCUGGCUUGGAUGUCACAGUAUCCACCGGUGCAAUGGGUGGCAGCGAAUAUGCUGUAACCUACCGCAGGGGAACAGGGUUAGUAAGCGGGGGAGCAGGGACCCAGGGCACCUACACAGCCCUCGACCCUGAAGGUUUAGUAAUCACAGGCAAUGAGACUCUCCAGUCCAGAUCGCCAGGACUCUCCACUAAAGUAGGCCGAAGAGCAGCCAUGCACAUCACAGGGCCCACCAUGGUUACCGUGCCCCUGCAUAUCACCUCUAACCUCGCAUUAGGGGUGCUGCAAGGGGGUGGGGGCGAUAGGGUCAUCCACCGUGGCAAGGAUAAGGAUGGAGGGGACAGGGUGGAAGGUAAAGAGGGAGGAGAGAAGGCAGAGAGGAAGGAAAGCAGAGUGAUCGAAAGGAAGGUGAAAGAAGGCAAAAAGGUUGAGGAAGAGGAGAUAAUGCACAAGGGGAAAGUGACUGACAGGAAAGAAGUCGUGGAUGCAGAGGCAGCUGGUAUUGGUGGGGAGGAAGAAGGUGGCGAAAAGAAAGAGGAGGAAGAGGAGGAAGAGGAAGAGGUCAGAGAAGAAUGUGGAUUGAAGCCGGAGCUGGUGAUGGGAGGUGUGUCCAGAGAGCAGCGAGUCAAAAGCUUCAACUCCAACACUGAUGAAGAUAAUGAUAAAGCUGCUGUCGAUGAAGACCAGAAUGAUUACAUGGACAUGAAAGAGGUGAAAGGGGUGCCCGAGGAGACACAGCAUGACGAUGACGAUGUGUCUGAUACUUCCGACAUUCUCAACUCAACUGAAGUGGAGGGGGACGACCUGGGGCUGUCCGGCUACGUCCAAGAUAACUUUGAAUUUCUGGACCAAAUGGACUGCAGCGUCUUGGACCACAUGGACUGCAGUGUCCAUUACCAGGUGAACGAGUUCUCCGUGGAACCUCCCGGCCACUCAGACGAUGAGUAUGAAGUUAUGGUGCAAGCUCCGCCUUCGCAUCAUCCUGCAGAGCUCCAUACACACCUGCAGACGGGCCCUGAAGCUCUCAGUCCGACCGAGUUAAAUCCACACAGACCGCUCAGCCUCGACAUAAACAGCCGACACACUAAAUCCCUCAGCUUGCCUUACAUGACCUCACCUAUCCACGGACCAGAUGAGUCUUGCUCGGAGGAGGAGGUGGCCGGGGACGACAGUGAUGAUGAAGAUUAUGAUGACGAGGAUGAAAACAUGUUCGUUAAAAGCCUCCCCUGUGAUUUCUUUUUAAACAAUUUGACCGGAUUUGAACCAGACACUGAUACACAGGACAGUUGCACUCUUGUUGGAGUUCCCGUACAGUUACAGAGCUCUGAGGAAAGCAGCUGCCAGUCACUGAACUCUAACUCAAAAGCUGGAGAUCAGGAGAGACGGAAGAGGAAGAUAAAGUUCACCAUGGAAGAGACCAACCGGAAAACAACUGGCAAAGCAAAGCGACAGAGGAAGAUUGCAGUGCCAUGGAAGACACUCAAAGUGACAAAGAACUCACUUCAGGGGCAUCGACACACUGCUGUGCUGAGUUUCCACUGCCGAGCAAUGACGAAACAAGCACUAUGGCUGACAUUACGGUCGAGGAGGAGAAGGAUGAGGUUGAUAAUCCUCACAGCGAUUAUCCACCUUUCCAAGAAGUUUCUUGCGGCACACAGAAAGAAAUGGCUGACGUUCCGUUAGAGGAGUCCAAAGACUUUUCUGUAAAGAUAACAGAAUUGCCAAGACCCUGUGUUAGAGAGGACACGAGUGAGAGAGACAGCGAUGAGGGAGAGGACAGGAAGGUGUACGAAGAGAGAGAGGACGGGUGUCAAGAAAAGGUUCUGGAAGUACAAGAAAGUGAUGAGAACACGUGGGAGGAAGGCGAUAACGCAAUAGCUGACCUAAAACAUGAAGAAAAGAUGCAGAAAGGUGGCAAGGAUAGUGAAAUUUGUAGAACAAGCAAUGAAAUUUGGGAUGAAAUUGAGGAGGUUAUAUGUGAAGUCAUAGAGGACGAGGAAAGGAAGCAAGUUGAGAAUGAGAGUGCAAGAGAAAGUGAUACGACUGAAGAUGUCAAAGUUGAAGUGGAGGAAGAUCAGAUGGUAAAGAUUUCAGGAGAGAAAAUGGAAGCUGACGGAAGAGAGACAAACAAGGCGGAAGUUAGUAUAGAGGUAGUGGAGGAAUCAAUGGAGACAAACGAAGAAAAGAUCACAGACCCAGAGGUGCAGCAAGAGUUUGAGGAAAGAGAGACACACUUACCAAAUACAAGAGAAUUAGAUGAAGCAAUUCACGGGAAGCUCUGCGUCAACGACAAAGAACAGCAUCAUGGCAGAGAAGUGGUUUCGCAAGAAAAAGAGAAGAAUGACAAAGAGAGAGCUGAUGAGCAAGACACGCUGCCAAGAGUAGACGAACAAGUUAAAGAGGUGAUGUCUGAUAUUAAGGUGUUGAAAGAGGGCAGAAAGUGUGAAGACAGUGACGGCGGCCAAGGAGGAGUAGGAAGGAAGCUGGUCAUCUCCAAACAUCCAAAAGUUUACCAAGUAAAAGCCGUGCCGGUUGUCCCUCCGAAACCGCAGCAUUGCAAGUUCACCGCCCUGACCCUCCGACAUCAGCAGCAGCAAAGAGACAGGAGAGACGCAGACAGAGGGAGAGAAAACACGCUUAAGGUCCAGACAGAGCAGGACAAAGCUGGCGCAGGAGAACAGGGGAAAGACGGAGAGGAAGGAGAUGAUGGCAGGGGGAAAAAGGAGAAGCCGGCGCACAGGGGAGGGGAGAAAGAGUGGGAAAGGAGAAGGGACGGGGAUGAAAGCCCCCUGAGGGACACCCGCCGAAACAGUCCCCUCAGCAUGUGUUUUGACGAGGCCGUUGCCAUAGCUACCAUGAGGCGAGAAAAAGGGAAAGAGUGCGAGAAGGAGAAGGAGAAGGAGAGGCAGAAAGAGUGGGGAAAUGAAGUAGAGUGAAGGUUUUUUUUUUUUUUUGGUCUGUAUGUUGAUUUAAACUGAUUUGUCUGUACAAACAAUUUGUCUACAUGCAGCACAAAGGGACAUGUUUCUCCUGUACUGAUACUGAUCCCUUUAAAUUAUAACAACGGUAUUGUUGUCGAGGCAGACGACCCACCUAAAGCCGAAGGGUCUGUCCUAGGUUUCUGCCUUUUAAAAGGAAGUUUUUCCUUGCCCCCAUAGCCAAGUGCUCGCUCAUGGUGGGAACUGUUGGGUCUCUGUAAAU